AUUUAUGUGAAACACACUUUAUAUCUGCCACUGCAAAUAGCAGAGGAUUUCACUACGCAUCCAUUCGCAACUGUCAUGGACUAAUAACAACUGCGAUUACCCAGCUAUUCAUGAGGUAUAUUUUCAUAUAAUUGUAUGUUAGCUAUGACAUUUGUGUCACAGGACGAAUGACUGUCGUGAUAAUCUGAUGAAGGCUUAUAUCAUGCAUGCUAGCUAGGUAGGUAGCUAACGACGUUAGCUAAUUAGCUUAAUUUCUCAUGGAUGGGUGUAUUGACAUUGGAACUAUUUCGUGUCCUACCUUAGCUGCAAUUCAGUUCAGCACUAGCCACUGACGUUAUCAUAAUAAUGUUCAGUACUUUAAACAUAAUCAUCAUAAACAUAAUCAAAAUCAUACAAGUGUCAUAGAGCAAUGAAUUAUGGAGUACACAGACAAAUACUCUCCUCUUUAUUACAUUUACAUUUACAUAAUUUAGCAGACGCUCUUAUCCAUGGAUAGUUUAGUAUAUUAGAAACUACCUAUGGAUAUUUGGUUUGCUUCAUACUAAAGCACCACUCUGUCAUUCUCUCCAGAUCAAACAUAUUUGGCUGAAAUGAAUUUUCUACGUAACCGUCUUGUUGUGCUGGGCCUGGUGUUGCUGGCCACUGUGCUGUUGUACCUGCUACUGCCGUCCAUUCGUCAGGGCAGCAUGGAGCCUUCCCUGGAUGUCCAGAGGAUGGGCUUGGUGGCUGUCUCUCCUCCUCCGCCUCCGGCCAUCAAUGUGUCCGUCCGCACGGGGCAGCUGCCCGGGGACCCUCCACUCUUCUUCAGGGAAGCUUUGCCGGUCGAUGGAUCUGGUAGGCAGAUACUGCCCAGGUGAGGGUAGUCACCACCAGCAGCAGUAAAAACUAGCGUGACAACGGUCAGACAUCCACACACUGAACUCUCUCCUCAUACGACAUAAUCCUAGCCCAGCAACCUCUUAUCUGGAAACUGCUUAAAGUAAGGAUUGCAGAGAACACAAGCCCUUGUACGCAGAUUUAACAAAAUACCUAAAGGAUGUGUUGAUGCAUAAGCACUGUAGUUACUCAAUAAUUAUGGUUACCCUGUGCAAAUGUUAGUCACUGGUUUGCCAUUACAGUAGUGAGGGAGUCUUGAGAGAAAGAGUGACUUAAACACCUGGUUGUCUUUCCUAUACAGGCUGCAAGUGGUCCUUCUCCAUGGCCAAGCUUUCUCUUCCAAAACCUGGGAGGAACUGGGCACCCUGGCCUUACUGGCCACAAACGGAUACCAGGCCUUGGCUGUGGACCUACCAGGUUCGAGCUACAAUAACAUUCCAGCCUGAGAAUGUUAUGUUGUUUAACUGGCUGAAAUGCAGUUAAAGCCCCAUUAAAGCUGGAAUCCUUAAUGGUGAAACUGCCACAUGUUUGCGAUAUUACAACAACAAAGAAGUUACUUCAAACAACGAAUACAGUUUUUUCCCUCAGACAUCAUUGCACGUCAUUGCACGUGCGAUAGAACAGUAUGUAAUUAUACUUUUUUUACCACGAUGCUGGAUGCUCUUUUCCUCUGUUUCAACAACAAAACAAUAACAAAUGUGCUGGGGCGAAAAGUGGCGCUCUUUCCCCUUAUGCAGAUUUCAGCUUUAACUGUGGUUUUAAUGUGCUGCACAGUGCUGUUCACUGUGUAGCACAGCAUCACCGACCCAACUGUUGGGAAUUGCAGCGUGAAGGAAUUGGAGUUGAAAGGGACAACUAUAAUGAAUGCACUUAAAUACAUAUCAAGUUAGGUUCCUGGAUUCUCAUUGAAUUCCACAAAUGCUUAUUUUACACCCACACAAAAUGCCAAAAUGGGAUGGAGAAGAUAUUUGUAUAAUGCUUUAUCAGUUGUUUCUCUCUCUCGCUCUCUUUUCUCCCUCCAGGAUUUGGGAACUCUCCAGACUCGGAUGCUGUGAAGACAGACCAGCAUCGGGUGGACCUUCUGGGCAGGUUUAUGGAGGCGCUUGGUGUGAGGACAGCGGUGCUGCUCAGCCCCUCUAUGAGCGGCCACUACUCCAUCCCCUUCCUCAUGAAACACAGUGCCCAGCUGCACGGCUUCAUCCCCAUAGCCCCAGUAGGAACCCGCAGCUACACCCCUCAGCAGUACCAGGGCAUCCAGGUGAGAGCUUUAAUGCUGGGUUUCUGGGUGGUUGGGAGUUCAGUCCGAUACAUAAGCCUAAAAAAGCAAAGAAUUGGAGGACAUUUUGCGUGGAACUAGAUACUUUUUUGGGGUGUGACCCAGCUUCCAGUGGGAUGCUUCUAGUAGUAGCAGCGGAAGCAGGUCGAAAAUGCUAUCGGAAAGAUGGCAAUGAUUACUUAAAGGCAUACAGUGCCUUCAGAAAGUAUUCAUACCCUUUGACUUAUUCCACAUUUUGUUGUGUUACAGCCUAAAUUCAAAAUGGAUUUAAUUGAUUUUUUUCUCUCACCCAUCUACACACAAUAACCCAUAAUGACAAAGUGAAAACAUGUUUUAGAAGUUUUUACUAAUUUAUUUAAAAUUAAAUACGGAUAUAUGUAAUUUACAUAAGUAUUCACACCCUUGAGUCAAUACUUUGUUGAAGCACCUUUGGCAGCGAUUACAGAUGUGAGUUUUUCUGGGUAAGUCUCUAAGAGCUUUCCACACCUGGAUUGUGCAAAACUUUCCCAUUAUUCUUUUAAAAAAUCUUCAAGCUCUGUCAAAUUGGUUGUUGAUCAUUGCUAGACAUCCAUUUUCAGGUCUUGCCAUAGAUUUUCAAGUAGAUUUAAGUCAACUUGGCCACUCAGGAAAAUCCACUGUCUUCCUGGUAAGCAACUCCAGUGUAGAUUUGGCCUUGUGUUUUAGAUUAUUGUCCUGCUGAAAGGUGCAUUCAUCUCCCAGUGUCUGGUGGAAAGCAGACUGAACCAGGUUUUCCUCUAGGAUUUUGCCUGUGCUUAGCUCCAUUCCAUGUAUUUUCUAUCCUGAAAAACUCCCCAGUCCUUAACGAUUACAAGCAUACCUAUAACAUGAUGCAGCCACCACUCUGCUUGAAAAUAUGGAGAGUGGAACUCCGUAAUGUGUUGUAUUGGAUUUGCCCCAAACAUAACACUUUGUAUUCAGGACAAAAAGUGAAUUGCUUUUGCCACAUUUUUUGCAGUAUUACUUUAUUGCCUUGUUGCAAACAGGAUGUAUGUCCCUCUGUCAAUUAGGUUAGUAUUGUGGAGUAACUACAAUGUUGUUGAUCCAUCCUCAGUUUUCUCCUAUCAAAGCCAUUAAACUCUAACUGUUUUAAAGUCACCAUUGGCCUCAUGGUGAAAUUUCUGAGCGGUUUCCUUCAUCUCCGGCAACUGAGUUAGGAAGGAUGCCUGUAUCCUUGUAGUGACUGGGUGUAUUGAUGUACCAUCCAAAGUGUAAUUAAUAACUUCACCAUGUUCAAAGGGAUAUUCAAUUUUUUUGAGUCAUUCAAAAAUCAUGUUAAACACUGUUAUUGCACACAGUGAGUCCAUGCAACUUAUUAUGUGACUUGUUAAGCCAAUUUUUACUCCUGAAUUUAUUUAGGCUUGCCAUAACAAAGGGGUUGAAUACUUUUUAUUUUUAAUGAAUUUGUUAAUAAAAAAAUAAAAACACUGACGUUAUGGGGUAUUGUGUGUAGACCAAGGGGUCUGAAUACUUUCUGAAGGCACUGUACAUUUUGUUGACUUUGUAAGGGUUACUGUAUAUAGUCACUCUUAAGCAGUUAGAAUCUGACAUAAUGGUAUUGGGCACAGCUAAACGGUUCUCUUGGCACAGAGAAAUGCACUAAUAACAACAGCAGGUCUUGUCGUCUUAGAUCAGUGCAAGUCCUUGAUCGGUUUAAGAUUAUCCCUGACUGGGCUCACACACAGUCAUAGUUGGUGUGUUUGAACUCUAUUCACAAUUAAAUUAAAUUACUGAGAGCCUCUAUCAGUAAUAAAUCAGUGAUGUUUUUCUGCUAAGGAUAUUUGCAGGUUUUGUUUACAUAAAAAAUGUCCCUGACCUGUUUUGAAUGUUCUACAGCCAUGCAAAAUAACCACCAGGUGGCAGAAUGGAGCUAUGGGUAUCUGUAAUGCUUUUGCACAAAUGACAGUAUCCAUUUUUAGAUGUUGAGAACAGCCUUAAACAUUUAUUUUUCUCUAAUCUGAGUAGUACUACUGUCCAUAAAUGUACAGUAAAAUACUAAUGUAGGGUUGCAAAAUUCUAGUAACUUUCCCAAUUGGAGGAUUCCUGGAUUUCUUGUUUAUUCCAUCCUGAUUCCAGGAAUUAUCCAACUGGGAGUUCUGGAAAAUGUUGGGAAAGUGGCCAGAAUUUUGCAGCCCUGCACAGAUGUAUUGUAUCCUGAUCCUUGCUUGCUCCUAUGUCCCUGUCCAGACUCCUACUCUGAUUGUGUUUGGAGCGCUGGACACCAACCUGGGGGCCCAGUCCCACAAGAACCUCAUGCAGCUCCCACACCACUCAGUCCUGAAGAUGGAGGGGGCGCGCCAUGCAUGCUACAUGGACAAACCUCGGGAGUUCCACCAAGCGCUGCUGGACUUUCUCAGCAAACUGGAGUGAGACGGGGAGGAGGAAGAUAGAGGGAAGGAAAGAAGAGAGAAACAGGGUUGUGUUUGCGUGGAAGUGGAGGAGUGAUACGCAAAUAAGAAAAAGGGAAAGUAGUCCUCUUGGAUAAUAGGGCAAAGGCUGCUUUUGAUAUUACAAAUUACCCCGGGCCCCCUAGUUACUCUGGUAGAGUGGCUUACCAUGGCCCCUUACCCACCCUGGUAGAGUGGCUUACCCCAGGCCCCUAGCCACCCUGGUAGAGUGACUUCCAUUACGAUGCUUUUGUUGACAUCCCAUCAAAUCGAGAGCAACUCUAAAAGAAGUUUACUCUUUGAGUUGAGCAUGUAGUACAGAAUAUAUGCAAAUUCAAAGACUAGAAGCAAAGACUGUUGAGUUUUAUUCUACAGGCAUCAUUAUUGGUUCCAUGAUGAAGAUCAACAUCAGUGAGUUGAGAUGAGAUGAGGACAAUGAGGUUAAAGAAGAUCUAAGGCGAUAGUACCAGGGUCGUAUUCAUUCGUGCACACUGUAGCAAAGUGUUUGGUAACAGAACACAAAAACAAGUGUUUUUUAUUGGACUAGUUCAGGUAGUCCCUUCCUGUUUCAUCCCUUUUGCUUCUGUUUGGUUAAUAGUGCAUACGAACGACCCUGUUUAGAGAAAUGACCUGUGAAAUUUGUGAGAUCUGUUAAAAAAAAUCAAAUGUACGUUUUUUUGUUGAGAUAGAAUCAAUGGUUGCCAUUUCACAACUGGAUCUCAUUGUACAGAAACUUGGAUAAAGACUAACAAUAACAUUAAGAUAUUUAUUUAUAGACUUCAGCUCCCUGUUGCAGCAUGUUCAUGUUCAUUCUGAAUUUCUUGCUGAAGUGUGUGUGUGGGGGGG